CCCGCCCACAGCCCUCCUGACCCGCCCUGUUCCCCGGACAGUCCCGUACCUGGCAGAGUGCAGUGUGAUCGGAGAGAAGGAUGUCUCCGGUGCUCAGGUCUCCGGUGUGGCUCCUCAGUGAUCACGGGAGAGUCGCUCGCAGUGCCGACAUCUCCCCAUCUUUGAGCCCUUUGGUGUCCGCAACCUCAAGUGACACAGGGAGUAACAGCGGCGGAACUAGUCAUCCGGAGUAUGUCGCCUUUAUCUUGGUCCCCAUUUUCUUCAUCACGGGCCUGUUGGGGGUUCUAAUCUGUCACAUUCUCAUGAAGAAAGGAUAUCGCUGCACUACGGCAGAACCUGAAGAAGAAAAAAUCUCAGCAGAAAAGAUAGAGAUGCAAGAUGAAGCUGCAGACACCACUAAUGACACCGUUGGACACAUUGUAAGCUACAUCAUGAAAAAUGAAGCUAAUGCUGAUGUUCUGAAUGCCAUGGUCGCAGACAACUCGGCGCUAGCAGACAACAGCGUGUUUGACCCAGAGACACCUACAACACCAAAUACUCCUGUAAGUCCUACAAGCCCAAAUUCACCUCUCGGAACACCUACUAAACACUCUUGUCAUCUUCACACAAUUGGAGGAGUGGCAGAUAAAAACGUAUGUAGUCGAUGCGCCCAGAAACGUUGGAACCCAUUUAAGACCCCGCAGAAACAUAAAGAUUCAAGGAAGACCCGGCCUUCUGUCACUGUUCUGGCGGUGGGAAGAUUCAGAGUAACUAAAGUGGAGUCAAAGUCCAAGGAACGGAAGCGCUUAAUGUCUGGGACAGAAGCAUCAAAGGAUGAUGUUUUUGCCACUCCAGUUAGUGUGGAUACUCGGCAAAGAAAUGGCCCAGAAACGGAGAAUCAAAGCACAGUGGACACUUGAAGUUUGAUGGUGCUCUAGUGUUCGGAAAUUCCUCAGUGUUCUGGAGAAGAUGAGAACGGGGUGGUUUUAGAGAGCAUAUCUCGCCGGAGAUGUCCUGAAGAAGUGUGCAGCUUGUAGAGGAAACGUGUCUUCUCUUUUUAUUAGUAAAAAAUCAUGAAUUGUCUUAGCAUUUUAGCUGUGCGUUUUUGUAAAUGUGUAAUACUUUUUUAUGUGUAUAUAUA